UGCAACUAUUACCUACAGUAUUCAGUAAUUAGGCCAAUAUCACCUCUGUCAACAGUGUCAGAUGCAGAGAACAUUGACUUUUGUAUGCAGGACAUGUUUGUUGAUAACCGAACAGAUUCACCAGAUUCUCUUCCUCCAGUUUCAAGACACUCAGUUGCUUCUCAUCUGCAUUCUACUGCCAGACCUCUGACAUAUGCAGAAGUUGUCCAAGGUAUUUCCUUUAAAACUAAAUCUGAGCUUAUACUUGGUCUGACAUUGUUGGGGUCAGGAGAUGUUUCACCUCCUUUCCAAUCAGGGGAGCAGUCCAGCCCUCAGUUCUUGGACGACUGGCUAUCUGAAUCAGGUCGGCAUUCUCCUGACUCAGUUAGGUCUUGCAGUGAAUUUAGGCCCAUGUCACCGGACUCACCUGUUCCUCAGUUCAGAUGUCCUUAUAUAGAUUGCAGUGUGGAGUUGUCAGAAAGCAGGUCAUAUACCCCAGAAUCUACAUCGUCAGACUGGGAAGGCACUGAUUUGUGUUUGGAAGAUCUUUUUGAGAACAACAGACCAGAGUCCCCUCGGUCAGUUGUGUCGGACUUUGAACCGAAUAAGUUAUUCAGCAUCAAGACAUUGUCCCCAGACUCUUUAUCUGUUGAUUUUGACUUUUCGCUUUUAAAUGACUGGCAUGGAGGUUGUAAAGCAUCCUCACCAGAAUCAGUGGUGUCAGUUGAUGAUCAUAAUUCCUCUCAUGUUCUUACAUUUGGUCAGAUACAUGAUCAACACUGCAACUAUUACCUACAGUAUUCAGUAAAUAGGCCUAUAUCAUCUCUGUCAACAGUGUCAGAUGCAGAGGACAUUGACUUUUGUAUGCAGGACAUGUUUUUUGAAAACCGAACAGAUUCACCAGAUUCUCUUCCUCCAGUUUCAAGACACUCAGUUGCUUCUCCUCAUCUGCAUUCUACUGCCAGACCUCUGACAUAUGCAGAAGUUAUUCGAGGUAUUUCCUUUAAAACACAAUCUGAGCCUAUACUUGGUCUGACAUUGUUGGGGUCAGGAGAUGUUUCACCUCCUUUCCAAUCAGAGGAGCAGUCCAGCCCUCAGUUCUUGGACGACUGGCUAACUGAGUCAGGUCGGCAUUCUCCUGACUCAGUUAGGUCUUGCAGUGAAUUUAGGCCCAUGUCACCGGACUCACCUGUUCCUCAGUUCAGAUGUCCUUAUAUAGAUUGCAGUGUGGAGUUGUCAGAAAGCAGGUCAUAUACCCCAGAAUCUACAUCGUCAGACUGGGAAGGCACUGAUUUGUGUUUGGAAGGUCUUUUUGAGAACAACAGACCAGAGUCCCCUCGGUCAGUCGUGUCGGACUUUGAACCGAAUAAGUUAUUCAGCAUCAAGACAUUGUCCCCAGACUCUUUAUCUGUUGAUUUUGACUUUUCGCUUUUAAAAGACUGGCAUGGAGGUUGUAAAGCAUCCUCACCAGAAUCAGUGGUGUCAGUUGAUUAUCAAAAUUCAUCUCAUGUUCUUACAUUUGGUCAGUUACAUGUUCAACACUGCAACUAUUACCUACAGUAUUCAGUAAGUAAGCCAUUAUCACCUCUGUCAACAGUGUCAAAUGCAGAGGACAUUGACUUUUGUAUGCAGGACAUGUUUGUUGAUAGCCGAACAGAUUCACCAGAUUCUCUUCCUCCAGUUUCAAGACACUCAGUUGCUUCUCAUCUGCAUUCUACUGCUAGACCUCUGACAGAUGCAGAAGUUGUCCAAGGUAUUUCCUUUAAAACACAAUCUGAGCCUAUACUUGGUCUGACAUUGUUGGGGUCAGGAGAUGUUUCACCUCCUUUCCAAUCAGAGGAGCAGUCCAGCCCUCAGUUCUUGGACGACUGGCUAUCUCAAUCAGGUCGGCAUUCUCCUGACUCAGUUAGGUCUUGCAGUGAAUUUAGGCCCAUGUCACCGGACUCACCUGUUCCUCAGUUCAGAUGUCCUUAUAUAGAUUGCAGUGUGGAGUUGUCAGAAAGCAGGUCAUAUACCCCAGAAUCUACAUCGUCAGACUGGGAAGGCACUGAUUUGUGUUUGGAAGGUCUUUUUGAGAACAACAGACCAGAGUCCCCUCGGUCGGUCGUGUCGGACUUUGAACCGAAUAAGUUAUUCAGCAUCAAGACAUUGUCCCCAGACUCUUUAUCUGUUGAUUUUGACUUUUCGCUUUUAAAUGACUGGCAUGGAGGUUGUAAAGCAUCCUCACCAGAAUCAGUGGUGUCAGUUGAUUAUCAAAAUUCAUCUCAUGUUCUUACAUUUGGUCAGUUACAUGAUCAACACUGCAACUAUUACCUACAGUAUUCAAUAAUUCGGCCAAUAUCACCUCUGUCAACAGUGUCAAAUGCAGAGGACAUUGACUUUUGUAUGCAGGACAUGUUUGUUGAUAACCGAACAGAUUCACCAAAUUCUCUUCCUCCAGUUUCAAGACACUCAGUUGCUUCUCAUCUGCAUUCUACUGCCAGACCUCUGACAUAUGCAGAAGUUGUCCGAGGUAUUUCCUUUAAAACACAAUCUGAGCCUAUACUUGGUCUGACAUUGUUGGGGUCAGGAGAUGUUUCACCUCUUUUCCAAUCAGAGGAGCAGUCCAGCCCUCAGUUCUUGGACGACUGUCUAUCUGAGUCCGGUCGGCAUUCUCCUGACUCAGUUAGGUCUUGCAGUGAAUUUAGGCCCAUGUCACCGGACUCACCUGUUCCUCAGUUCAGAUGUCCUUAUAUAGAUUGCAGUGUGGAGUUGUCAGAAAGCAGGUCAUAUACCCCAGAAUCUACAUUGUCAGACUGGGAAGGCACUGAUUUGUGUUUGGAAGGUCUUUUUGAGAACAACAGACCAGAGUCCCCUCGGUCGGUUGUGUCCGAUUUUGAACCGAAUAAGUCACUAAAUAGCAAUACAUUGCUUUCUGAUUUACUUCCCACACAGUUAAACCACACAGGUGUGAUGAGAACUUCCUCUCCACUGCUUAAUACUACCAGACCUCAGACAUUUGCUAUUGUUUUUCAUGAAAAUAAUAUUGAGAUGCCUGCAUUUUUAUUUGUCAACCAUGAAUCAUCCAUGCACAAUGCUCUUUCUAUUGACUCAGCUUUUCUACCUUACAACAAUUCUGGGUUUCUUCAGCAAUCCCAUAUGAAAAGCAACUCUCUCCUGAUUUCAAAGUUGCAUGAUCCUUUCUAUAAGGGACAGUGUUUUAACUGUCUUUUCAGGCUUUCUAAGUCUCAGUAAAGUAUUACCAGCAUUUAAUUAAAUGUAAUUAAAUUUGCCUUCUGAAACGAUUCAUAGCUUCUAAUAAUCUGACAUAAGCUUGUAAAACAUUUAUUUGUUUUUAAUGUUUGCUCUUUCAUCCUAAAAAUUUAUAAUUCACCUAAUGAAAAGGUCACCAGCAAUUAUGAUGUCCCUUACUGAAGAUUAUGAUACACGCCCUUACCCAAUUUUGUUAUAAUUGCAAUUCAGUCAUCUGAACUUUUUAUCAUAUUUUUAUCCCUGCUUGAGAUCCUGAAAUAUUUAUACUCAUUUUUAAUAAUACAUUCUUAAUGAAACCCAUUUAAACAUUAAAAAGCUGAUAAUCUGGCUUGUUUUGCAGAACAGAUUAUUAUUAUUACCUUAAAUUUGUUUUAUCAAUAAUAAUUUAAAUAUUUACAAUUUUUUCAUUCUUGCAUCUACUUAAAUCCUUUUCUGAGACCCCUGAAAAUUAGCCACUGAAUUUUUCAGUCAAAUCUCUUACUCUGGCUUCCAUGGACAGAAUGAAAUUGGUAUGUGCUCAACAGAAUUACACUGUACUAAAAAUUGUUAAACAUGCAAGUCAAAAUUAUGUAAUACAUUUUUAGCUCACCAAGGGACAAAUAAGCAAAAACAUUGUUUAUGGGUUUUUUUGUCCUUAUGUAUUUACUUGGAUUUUUCUUUGGCCUAACAGCAUUAGACCAUUGCUAAAUGUUUCAGUGUCCAUGGCUGAAGUACCAUGCAACUUAAACUCAUUGUAAAUUUAAAUGUUAUAAAUAACUUUGACAUUUACCAACAUAUGUGGAAAGCUAUGAAAAAAAUAAAAUCAAUAAUGGUUAAAUCAAAUCGUCAUUUUUUUAAAAUUGUUAUUUAGAAGCUAGCAUUAGCAUUGCAGUACAGCAGGCAGCAGCCGGAAGCUCAAAUAACAAUUCAUUGAGCAGAAAGUGCCCUGAAAUGGAAGCAAGACAACUAGAAGAAAAGACUUGAGAAUCAUUUAUGGAUAUUUAACAUGUAAACUACAUGUUUAUGUAUUUAUUAUUUUUUAACAUGUGGCAAUCAAUCCGCAAUAAUGAUAAGCUGAUAAUAGUUUAAACCCAGACAGAUACCAGGAAUUAUGUGAUGGGAAGAGCCAUUUGACCCCUGUCAUUUCUUCCGAGAAACACAGAUUGUUGGUGGUAAUGACCACAAAGCCAUGGAGUGGCUGUCAGCAGCUACAUGCUACUGGUGUGGGUUGUAAUUACACAAAUUAUCAAAGUCUAAGUUUUGAUGUUUAUGUUUACCCCUACCUUGACACAACUUAUUUCAUUGUCACCACUUAUUCGUGGUUACUUUAGCAUCAGGUUGAGUCACAUGUCAUCUAUAAAAACAAGGGAAUGGUUUCCUCAUGCUGGCUUAGAUGUACGUGGGCAAGAGAAAAUGACCACUACUUAAUAUAUAGGCCUUAAGUAGAGAGUGUCUGAAUUUAGGGUGCUUAUCAGGACAACCUCUUCCUCAAGAUUUCUUCACAAAGGAAAUCCAAGGUCAAGCACAACAAAAAGACUACUUGGUGUUGGUAUCACCUUCAACUUUCAAGACAAAUAUUUCUCAAUCCUCUAAACAGAGCAAUGUUGAUAUGGGACAAAUGCAGGGCUUUCAAGUCGAGAACCUAUUACUGACACAUGAUUCAAACACAGCAAUAAUAGUAUCCCCUAUUGCACCUGCUUUGGACCUUGUUAAAACUGAACAUGACAGAUUGACCAGUCAAAGUAGCUUUCCACAGGAAACAUAUGAAUAUACUGAAUCGGACUCUGUGACUCCGGAAACACAAGACAACGGUGAUGAACCUACCACCAUGUCCUCAAACUCCAGUCCAACACCACAGGAAUCUGGAUCUUCUCAGCUUGACCAGCUUCUGUCUGAUUUGAAGGAAAUGAAAUUCAAGAUCUCACCAGAAAGACUUGAUUCAUAUGCAUCAGAGUCCUCCGAUGACAGCCCUGAGAAGGAAGAAGCUCACACGUAUGAAGAACCUUCAUCUGAAGAGGAACCCCGUCCUGAUAAAAGGGAUGAAGUCAGUGUGUUUACAGAUGCACAACUUACAGAAUAUAGCACUAAUGUUCGAGACUGUUCUGAUGCAAAAAGAGCUUCUGAGUCAAACAUUGACAUUCAUCAAGAAUCUAAUUUGUCACCAACUGAUGCUUCUUUAAUCUCUGAACUUCCACAAACAUUUGGUGAAGAAAUUGAUCUAUCACCAAACUCUGGUCCGUUUCAGUUCUGCGGAGGUAUGGAGAGUUUUACUGAUGAAUUUUCUUCAUUGGCUGACAUACCUGAGAAAAAUCCGACAGAUUUUAACAAGGAAGAUCUUACUAUUACCACUUCUUUAAGUCAUGAAGCACAAUGCCUACCUAUACAAUCAUUUGAGUCAAGGGGCAUUACAGAAGAAGCAUCUGCCCAGACUAAUAAAGAUCAGUGUUUAUGGGAUGGAACCUCCACUGAAACCACAUCCUCCCAGUCUGCUUCAGAUUUGACUCCUGACACAGUUACAUCUGCAAGACACUUCAGCUUUGAUGAACCGAUAACUUACCCCUCCUCUAGAAGCGUAGAAAUACCUUCUGUUGAGGAUAGACCAAUGAUGUGUGAACAGCACUCUGAAGAAACCAUGACUCCAGCUAACUAUGAAUGUUUUGCCACUGAAUCUCCUUCAUUUCAACGCAAAACUGAUAUUUCUUCAUCAGCUUCAGAUGAGGAGUACACCAUCCCACUAGGAGAUGCAGAGACCUCCUUUGCUUCAGUGACCUAUACCAGCACACCUCUCAGAAUUGCACAUGGAGCACACUGCAUUGAGGACAGUCCACACUUGGAAUACUUUGACGUGGAGCCCUACUUUGACUGCAAACAAGGAAUGUGUGAUUUCUCAGAGACUGAACUCGAUGCACCUGAGAGUACUAGUAGUUUAAAUGUAGGCCAAGCUCAGCAUCAGCCCGGCCAUCUUGGGACACAGGAAAAGGCAAAGCAAAAAUUGCUCCUGUCUUCUGGAAGUGAAGAUUAUGAAGAUGCUCCCUUGGUUCAUGAGUCUUACCAUCAGGAACAUGGAGAAAGUAAAGAAUCACUACGCCAAUCAGAGACAUCAGAUGAAGAAUUCACACUAUGCAAAACUUCACAGCCUUCUGGAACUUACUACUCUAAUAAAUCUCUGCAAAGGGAGGUCUCUGCAGAAUUUGGAUCAAUUUCAGAAAGUUCAGAUGAGGAGUUUUUGACCACCAGAAUAAUACGGAGGGUUGUCAUUAAGAUGGCUAAAGAUCUUGGAGGUGUUUUAUGCUGCUGUGAGCACGUCUUUGCGGAUUUUCUUUGAUGACAUAACCCUUAACAUUUUUUUGCUGUUUCCCUAAUUUCCCAAAAUUCUCUUCUGAAUCUAAAAU